GGUGAUCCCAGUAAAGCACAAUCGACGAACGUUGGCACGCCAGUGCAACGGGAACCCGAAGGUGAGGACGACGUAGAGGGAGCUGCGGGUCGUUUGCCUCCUCCACACUCGGCUGAAGCGCUGGCUUCACUGAAUACAGCAACAAAUCAUGGAUAUGGAACAGGUGGCUCGAUCUCGGCUUCACAGGGUAUCGGAAGUGCGACAGCACAACAGCGCAGUCUCCUGCCAUCUCCAACUGCAACGUUGACGC